AUGGCUCCGGUGAAGUUCGGCCUGUUCAAAGCUCGGAGCAGGGACUACCAGGAGCAGCCUUCCACUGAGAACUUGCUGCACACCAGUUAUAGCACAGACCAUGUGGGCACGCCGCAGUCUCCUAUACCUUCAACCAGUAAAGGUAUAACGGAAGAGCGGCCGCUGCCCGAGCUAGUGUUCAGUGCAGACAGUGAUGAUGAGGGUUCUCCGACUACCCCGGUGCGACGUCCCAGCGAGACGAGCACUGUGGAUGAAGCCCAGGUAAACUACCAAGUCCUGAGAAACCAUCCGUCACCGGACGAGACUUCAACAUCCACACUCGGAGAAGACUUCAAGUCAUACAAAGUAAAUCUUCCUAAAGAGAUCGACGAUGCCUCUACUACAUACGAUGCCAACUCCAUACUCUUCGACGAGACUUCCAUAGCGCCUAGCGAGAUGUCGGUAUACUGUGGCACACUGAAGAAGAAGAAGACCAGGAGCAAGGAGGAGAAGCAGCUGAGGGACUUCGACAUGUGGCAGGCUAGCAAUGUGGAGGUUAUGCAGAACCUCCUAAGCAGAAGUGGGACUCUAGACGAGCAAAUCAAGUGGGAGGCUAUUGCGACAGCUCGCGGACUUUGCACCCUGACCGACAGCUGCACCUGUGGCGACUGUACCGGUGCCAAGUACCUGGCCGGAGUCGCUGAUGGCGACGGGGGGCUUGGGGCAGCGCCACUCUUCAACGCUAUUAGUGUCGGAUGCCAGAUACAGUGAACGGUGAACGGUAAACGUGGUGGUGGCGGUUAAGGCGAGCUAGGUUUGAUUUUAGAUCGAAGGCAAUUAAGUCUCAGCUUUGCUCGGUUAUAACCAUCAAUUCUUGAUAUUGGGAGCAUUGCAGUUUUCUAACGAAACGAUGUUUAGGGUCGGAGAAGCUUUUGAUUGGAAGGGGGUAUUUUCGAAUCUUGAAAUGGGUCUCUAACUAUUUUUUAAGCUAUCAGCUUAAAGAUUGAUAGUCGAGUGGUCUAAUUUGAAGCUAGCUUGUCAAAGGAAAGAAUAUUUAUUCUAUGUAAGGUUUUUAAGAAUACGUUUUUAGCACUGAUUCCUAAGUUUCUAAUAAUAAUAUUUUUUUCUUAUACACUCGGACGAGUUGAUUGAUCUUAUCUUAAUCCGCCACUGCCACGCACAUAAGUUUCUGCAGUUUUUGCAGAUUUUCUACGAUUCUCCAAAUCUCAAUAUUUUUUUACUGCACUAUGGAACGAGAGAGAAGAGAGGCUGAAAGGUUUAAAAGGAUUUUUGCUGAAAAAUAUUGAGUUUUUUAGAUUUAGUAAUAUUUUUCAUCUACAGUUUUAAAAAAACUUGUAUUUUUUUAUUAAAUCUUUUUCUUUUAUUAUAAUAAAAAAAAUACUGAAUUCAUUAUUGAAUUACCAGACAAAUGUCGAGUCUGAAUUGUGUAAAUAAUUUGCAAGAUUUUUAAAAUUGGCGCUUAUUUUUAACAAAGGCGGGGUUAGAUUAUUUUUUUACUAUUUGUAACUAAGUGUGAAAUAAACAGUUUUUAGUCAUACGGUAUUAAAAAAAAUCUCUUAUAAAUAUUAUUAGUUUUCCAAAAUAUUCAGGUAUAAAAUAUAAGCUUCAUAGUUAUACUAAGAGAUGACUUCAUUCGCUCUGACGGUAAUAUUUAUUAAAUAUAUUCAAACACAUUUUUUUAUAACUGAUGAUAUUUAUAUGCGUCAGUUUACGAUAUAAUAUGAUUAACUUCUUAUGAAUUAACAUAAAUCAUAAUCACACUGCCGAGAAAGCAUAUAAAAUAAUGCACUAUUUGUAUUCAGUAAUCACAUAUUUUACUAAUAUAUUUUUUACACUACCUCAAUUUUUUAACUAUAAACAUUUUAAACGGGUAAUUAAAAACAAAUUGAGUCAAUAAUUAUUCCGAAAUCGUUAAAUUUCAACACAAUUUAAAUUUCGAAUACCGUAAGAAGUGACGAUACGUAUUGUUUUUUUUUUUAAUGUAUACUUACCAACCUGACGCGUUUGCGUAAAUAACGCAUUUUCAUUGAAAUUUCUCUAAUUUAAAUAUUACUAUGGCUGAGUAAAAGGCCUUUUGUUUAAGUUAUCGUGGUUGUCUAUAGGAAUUGAUAUUUGAUUUUAGACAAUAUUCUAAGUAAGUUUGUGGUAUGUUUUUCCUUGAUCUAUAGCUUUAUAUUCGGUACGAUACACCUUACGGCCUCUAACGGUUCUAUGUAAGACUGACGUGUUGUCUCGCGUGUUAUUUUAAUUAAGUGUAUUGAAUGAAAAUAAUUCUUGUGUAAGUGAAAAUCACUGCAUGUGAAAUUUGUAGACCGGGCUAGGACUCCACUACGUUUGGAAAUAAAUGCGAUAUCUAAAGAAGGAAUAGCUACGGAAUUUCCACCAAAAAUAUAUUUUAUUACGUAUUUUCUACAUCCUACAUCUGCACUGGUAUUCUCGUAAGGAAAUAUGAAUAAAUGAAUAUAUUUUACGCUAUGUACCUCCCUAACCCAGUAAAUUGGUAAUCCGUGUCGUAAAUAGAAGUUUAGUUUCUAUACGUACGAUUUGCAUUUCUAUAGGAUAAUAAUUCUCAUUUGAGAUAAUAAGAAUUGUAAUGUAUUAGAAUAUUACUUACCAAGUAUUUUAUAUUUGGGCUCAGGAACAUGCAAUCUUCAUGCCGUGUGUCGUUCGUAAAAUCUUUAUAAAAUAGUAACUUUUAUUAAAGUUUAGAUAUACCUACAAGCUCAAGUUAAAUUCAUAUCUUGGCAUUUUAAAACUGGAUUUUCUAAUAAUAAGGGGUAGGUACCUGA